AUGAAUAGUGAUCGUCAAUGCAUAUCUAGCGGAGCAUUGGCUGCAUCAUAUCCAGCUUACAAUCUGUCCAUUCCCAUUGAUCACUUCAAGAACUCAAGCCGGUACGAACCGCAUAGCGAUGGCACCUUCAACAAUCGUUACUGGUUCGAUGCCAGCCACUAUAAGCCUGGCGGUCCAGUGAUCCUUUUCAUGGCAGGCGAAGCAUCUGGAGACUAUCGCUUUCCACUCCUCGAUAAGGGCAUCAUUUAUCAGCUUGCUUCGGCCCACAAUGGUAUUGGGGUAAUCUUGGAACAUCGAUAUUACGGGACAAGUUUCCCUUUCAAGAACAUUGCAACAGCGGACGCAAGGUUCCUGACAACGGAACAGUCACUCGCUGACGCAGCCUAUUUUGCUCGAAAUGUUAAAUUUCCUGGGCUCGAGAGUCAGAACCUCACGUCUUCGAACGCUCCUUGGAUCGUUUAUGGAGUAUCCUACUCCGGAGGACAGUCGGCCUUUCUCAGAAAGCUGUAUCCAGAUGUUUUCUGGGGUGGCAUCUCGUCAUCAGGCGUGACUGAAGCCAUCAUCGACUUUUGGCAGUACUUGGAACCUGUUCGAAAAUACGGACCAGCUGACUGUAUUUGGACUCAGCAGUUCAUCACCGACGUUGUCGACAAAGUUUUCAUCGACAGCAAGAACGCGACUCUGAAGGGUCAAUUCAAAACAUUCUUCAAUUAUGCGACCACUGCAAUAGACCAGAAUUUCGUCAGCAAUCUCUACAGUGGUGUAUAUUCUUGGCAGAGUCGAAACUGGGACUCCACGAUCGGCUCUGGAACCUUUAGCAACUGGUGCAAGAUCAUCACAAGUUCCAAACUGCAGUACUCCUCAUCCGCUGCGACAAAUGCCUCGGCUGCUGCGAUCCUCAAGGCCACGGGCUACGGUGGCAACAGUACGCUCACGCUGCGCUUGCUCAACUAUGCUGGAUACCUCGAACGUUCCGCUCGCCGAGAUACAAUCUCUCUGGACAAUUUGAUGCCCGCCUCCUCCCUUAUCCCCAGGUCAGCUUCCUCGGCCAAAGCUGCCGUUCCUGCGGCACAGUUUGACUCGUGGGGUUAUCAGACUUGUACGGAAUGGGGUUACUGGGUCACCGGCUCCGGAUUCGACUCUUCACUCGGCAAACCGUUGCUAUCACGCAUCUUAGAUCUCAAGUUCGAGAACUCGUACUGUGCAUCUGAGUUUGGCAUAACCGCCUCGCCCAACGUCACACAAGUGAACAAAUACGGCGGCUUCAACAUCUCAUACCCUCGGCUCGCCAUUGUCAACGGUCUUGCGGACGUGUGGCGCGAAGCCACCCCUGCGGCUGCAGAGCGCUCUCGCCCGUCGACGGUGUCAGAACCUUGGAUUGUGAUUGACAAUCCACCGGAAGACGUCUGGGAUGGUCUUCGAGGCGCUGGCCAUCAUUGGGAAGCUAAUGGGGUCACUGCGAGCCAGACUCCUAAGCCCCCCAAAGCCAUUGCGGCAGCGCAGGCUGAUAUUGUUAGCUUCGUGGGGACGUGGGUCCAGCAAUGGAAAGAUACUCGAGGGCGUGCAACAGGCAGGGAGAAAUAA